AUGGCUGCCGUCGAUAUCCCACUCCCGGCUCUGCCCCAGGGCUGGAGCGCCGAAAAGGACUUCAAGGUUCUUUCUGCUCUGUCCAGUGCCACCCAGCGCAAUGUCGAGCCUGUGGGACCACACUUUUUGGCCCAUGCCAGACGGCUACGCCACAACCGUACCUUCUCCGAGGAUGACCGCAUCCAGGCGCAGAAGAACGUCAAGAAGGUUGACGAGGACGAGGACGACGAGAUCUCCGAGCCCGAGGACCCUUUGAUGCUGCAGCGCGACGCCAAGGACUGGAAGAACCAAGACCACUACGCUGUGCUCGGUCUCAGCAAGUACCGCUACAAGGCCAGCCCCGAACAGAUCAAGCGUGCCCACCGCAAGAAGGUCCUCCGCCACCACCCCGACAAGAAAGCCGCUGCGGGCCAGACCGAUGAGAACGACAGCUUCUUCAAGUGCAUCCAAAAGGCCAACGAGGUUCUCUUGGACCCUACAAAGCGCCGUCAAUUCGACUCUGUCGACGAGGCUGCCGAUGUCGAGCCUCCUACCAAGAAACAGACCGAAAAGGGCAAAUUCUUCAAGCUGUGGGGACCUGUGUUCAAAUCCGAGGGCCGCUUUUCCAACAAGCAGCCUGUUCCUGUGAUUGGAGAUGAAAACAGCCCCGAAGAAGACGUCGAGGAGUUUUAUAACUUCUGGUACAACUUUGACAGCUGGCGUACCUUUGAGUAUCUUGACGAGGAUGUUCCUGAUGACAACGAGAACCGUGACCAGAAACGCCACGUCGAGCGCAAGAAUGCCAACGCUCGCCGCAAGAAGAAGACCGAGGACACUGCCCGUCUCCGCAAGCUGGUCGAUGACGCUCUUGCCGGAGAUGAGCGUAUCAAGAAGUUCCGUCAAGCCAAGCGCGCCGGAAAGGACAAGAAGCGUCUCGAAAAGGAGGCCGAAGCCAAGCGUCUAGCCGACGAAAAGGAGCAGGCCCGACUGGAAGACGAGCGCAAGAAGAAAGAAGCCGAAGAGACCGCCAAGGUGGAGCGUGAGCAGAACAAGAAGAGCAAGGAGGCAGCCAAGAACGCAGCCAAGAAGAACAAGCGUGUUCUCAAGGCCAGUGUCAAGGACGUCAACUACUUUGUCGAGGGUGGUGAUGCUUCGGCCGGCCAGAUCGACACUGUUCUCGGCGACGUCGAGGCGGUCAUGGGCAAGAUCAACCCUGAGGAGCUUGCUGCGCUUGCUUCCAAGCUGGGCAGUGCCGGUACUGAUGCAGGCGCCGUCAAGGCUGCGUACACCGAGGAGGCCAAGCGCUUGAUUAGCGAGGGCAAGAUGAAGGAGAGCGAGGUCAGGGUUUUUGUUUAG